AUGAAUCGGGAGCUAAGACGGUGCUGCAUAGUGGGUGGGAAUGCAGUUUCUGCCUUCCUGUCAUGGCGACUGCAGGCCACCAACGCUUGCGACGUGACCCUGGUCUGGAAAGCCAACUACCAGACCGUCGCCCAAUAUGGUGUCUCGUUCAAGUCUCAACUCUAUGGAAACGAACGAUUUAAACCUAGAUUUGUUGUCCAGAGCCCCGAAGACGCCGCAAGCCAGCAAGCCGCCUUUGACUACGUGCUCCUCUGUGUUAAAGCCCUUCCCGACGUCUACAAUCUCGCCGACAUAAUACAAUCGGUCGUCACUCCCCAGCAUACGUGUAUCCUCGUCAAUACCACAAACACAUUGGGGGUAGAGAAACAGCUCGAGGAUCGAUUCCCGACGAAUGUCGUCCUUUCUCUUGUCUCCGGCGCCGAUCUGACGCAGCUUGGGUCGAGCGAGUUUGAGCACAGCGGGUCUACAGAAAUCUGGGUCGGCCCGGCAAGCAAGAAUUCUGCGAUACCAGAGUCGAUUCAAAGGGACAUGUCAGAAGCCCUAGCCAUGACUCUGACAACGGCUCAGGUCGACUGCAAAGUGUCUUCGAAUAUCAAACAACAGCAGUUUGAGAGGAUGAUUGGGCCCAUUGCCUUCCAUCCGGCAAGCGUCCUCUUCGAGACUCCUGUCCUAGCAGACCUGAUUCGGUUACCCGGCGUCCAAGAGCUCAUAUCAGAUGUUGUUGCCGAGUUGAUUGAAAUCGCUGGCGGACAAGACUGCACAUUCCCGAGCGAUUUUAAAGACACUACAAUUCAGUCUAUGCUCAGGUCCUCGAGUCAAGACCCCAGCACGAUGUACCAGGAUUUUACCGCAAGGCGCCCAAUGGAAGUCGAGACCUACCUGGGCUCCCCGUUGGAACUGGCGAAGGCUGCAGGCCUCAAAGCCCCCCGGCUCGCGACCCUGUAUGCCAUGCUACGACACGUCAAUACCGUCAACAAAGACCGCCCUCUCGCCUCAUCAGCUCCGGCAGGCAUGCCACAAUCUCCAUCAACCAUGCAACCACCCCCACGAACCAUGUCCCUUGCGAAUCCUCCUCCGCCUCGACAAACAAACGGGUUUUCCAAUGGCGCUCCCAGGCCCUUGCGUGGACCACCCAUGGGCCAUCCAAUGGGUCCGCCAGGCAGACGCGGACCGCCUCCCGUCAAUGGCUUCCGCGGACCACCAAACAGCUACCCACCUCGGGGGCCUAGCCAAAUGCAGCGCCGACCGUCGUAUGAUGAAACCAACCUGGACGAAUUCAGUCACGUAGUACUUUACGAUGAACUGCCAGACGGUGAUGUGGCUGCGAAUCUACCAGAAAAUGGAGGUGUUCCUCCGGCCGCGCUUCGGGAGCGAGAACUCAUGCUACGGGAGAAGGAGCUCCAGUUGAGGCAGCAAGAUAUGGCAAUGAGAAAUCGUGGUGGCAGCGUUGGUGGUAGGAGGCCUCCACCCAAUCGGCAUCAAGACUUCGAUGAUGACGAUGAUGACGACGAUUACUUUGAUCCGAUGCAAUCCCGGGGACCUCCUAUGCCGCCGAUUGACCCUGACAACUUUGACAUGAUGAGCGUCACGUCCAGGCGGACCAAGCGGGCGACUAGCCAGAACCAGCUUCGAAAAGACGCCUUUGGGAACGGGGGUGGCAUGCGGCCGGGCUCCUAUGGACGCCCCAAUCUCAGCAGGCAUCGAACCAGCGCUCAGCUCCUGUCUGAUAUGCCUAUGCUAGGGGAGAAUAUUCUGAACAAUCCAAUGAUGGGAUUUUCCUCCAAUCGGUAUGGCUCGGUAGAUCGCAAAGAGAUGGCGGAUGAGUCGCGUGCCAAUUCCCUGACAGCCAGCCGUCUGCAGGAACUGGGUGGGAUCAAUGGAGGGCCGUACCCUGGUCCGCCUAGUAGACGGACAAGUCGCUCGCCUGGCAAUCCGUUCGGGCCAGCCGGACGGGUACCGAAUCGGCCAUCGCCACCAAACGAUCCCUACGUGCAGUCGGGGCCCCGCCCUAACGGCAGACCCUCGCCACCAGGAGGGAUGCCAGCGCCGGUGCCAAGGUAUCCUCCGAGUCAAGCUAACAUGAUGCCUACGCAUCAGAUGGAACAGGCUGGGGUGAGCAAACCCUUCCCACCACCAAAACCGCCGGUCAAGAGUCUGACUGGGAGUGCCAGUGCUAGCGCCGGGAGUGGUGACAGCGGCAGCGCCAACAUCGAUUCGGAGCCAUCGGCUCAUAGCAGUACAAGCAGCUUCGCGCCUCGACAAAUGCUGAGCAUGCGGUAG